GCAGCACCUUCAGCAUCCAAGUGAUGACAGAUCGAAGGGUUUCCUACUUCUAUAACGCCGAUGUGGGUAACUUUCAUUAUGGCGCGGGGCACCCGAUGAAGCCGCAGCGGCUGGCAGUGACCCAUAGUCUGGUGAUGAACUAUGGCCUUGACAAGAAAAUGAAGAUAUACAGGCCAUACAAAGCCAGCGCCCAGGACAUGCUCAGGUUUCACAGUGACGAGUACAUAGCCUACCUACAGCAGGUGACCCCGCAGAACAUUCAAUGCAAUUCUGUGGCCUAUACCAAGUACCUGGCGCACUUUAGUGUGGGCGAAGAUUGCCCCGUCUUCGAUGGCCUCUUUGACUUUUGCGCCAUGUACACAGGCGCAUCGCUGGAGGGUGCCCAAAAACUGAAUCACAAUCAUAGCGACAUCUGCAUCAACUGGUCGGGCGGCCUGCACCAUGCCAAAAAGUUUGAGGCAUCGGGUUUCUGCUAUGUAAACGACAUCGUGAUUGGCAUUUUGGAGCUGCUGAAGUAUCAUCCGCGUGUGCUGUACAUCGACAUCGAUGUGCAUCAUGGGGAUGGGGUGCAGGAGGCCUUCUAUCUCACAGAUCGCGUGAUGACGGCUUCGUUUCACAAGUACGGAAAUUACUUCUUUCCGGGAACGGGCGAUAUGUAUGAGCUGGGGGCGGAGUCUGGUCGAUACUACAGCGUGAAUGUGCCACUCAAGGAGGGCAUUGACGAUCAGAGCUACUUCCAGGUCUUCAAACCCAUCAUCUCGGCCAUCAUGGACUUCUAUCGGCCCACGGCAAUCGUCCUGCAAUGCGGUGCAGAUUCACUGGCGGGGGAUCGGCUGGGCUGCUUCUCGUUGAGCACGCGGGGCCAUGGCGAGUGCGUGAAGUUUGUCAAGGAACUGAAUGUUCCCACCUUGGUGGUGGGCGGCGGCGGCUAUACGCUGCGCAACGUGGCCCGCUGCUGGACGCACGAGACCUCGCUGCUGGUGGAUCAGGACAUUGACAACGAUCUGCCCAUCACGGAGUACUACGAGUUCUUUGGGCCGGACUUUACCCUACAUCCAGAGAUUAACUCGCGGCAAGACAAUGCCAAUUCGAAACAGUAUUUGGAGAUGAUCGUGAAGCAUGUAUAUGAGAACCUGAAAAUGUGCCAGCACUCGCCUAGCGUACAGAUGGUGCAGACGCCGCCCGAUAUGGAUAUCGAGGAGCUGCGUAACAAGGAGGAGACGGAUCCCGACGUGAGGAUAUCUCAAACAGAUGAUGACAAAAGUGUGGAGGCGAAGAACGAGUUCUACGAUGGGGAUCAGGAUCAGGACAAGCCUGAUUCGGCGGAGAGUUGAAUUAACUUACUUAUGUGCUAGUCUAAGGAUGCGAAUAAGGUCAAGAACAACCACAGUAAUACACUGACUACAAGUAGAUUUUAAAAUCGA